GCAAUUUUAUGGUUCAGUUGCUUUUUGGCCACUGGACAGUGUGCAUGUUGUAUUUGGCUGUGGCAGCGUGGAAACUUCCUCUUGACCUUUCUUGCGGAGAGCAUUCAACAAUUCGCCUCCAAAACACCAUCGCGUAUUGAUUGCACUUCGAGGAAUUUGAUGGCAAAUCAAUCUUCAAUGAUUAUUCGGCUUUCACGGCGAGGGCCAGUGUUUACUUACCAACGCCACACACCAUCUUGAGAAUCUGCCGCCCAAAUUUUAACUCUGUGGCGAGGAUUUUUCACAUGGUUAUAUCCUCAGUGUGUGUAUUGUUGUGAAAAUUUCACUUAGCAACGAAAAUGGCGAGAGCGCACUAUCGAUUAAACUGAAGUGGAAAGAGAGAGAGAGAGGGAGAGAGGAUUUUGUGGAAAAUUUAAUAUAUUGAGGGUUGUGUGGUGCUUUUUUGUGGUAGGCGAGGAGAAAAAAAAGAGGAGAGACGUGAAAAAUGUCUCAUGUGGAAGCAAUAACCAAGGAGGAGAUUCUUCAGGUGUACGAGAUGUGUCUGAGCAAUAUAAAUUUGGGCAAAAUGCGGGAUUUGAGGAAUGAUGCCAAACUCCGUGCUGUGAAUACGGCAGCGACUUAUGAGGAAUUUGAGGACAUUGUCAACUCUGCACACUUGAAGCCAUUCCGGAAGGGUGAGAAGGAGCGCAUCGAGCAGAUGAAAAAUCCACGUUGGAAUACAUCCAUUUAGAUAUGCUGAGAUUACGUCUUGUUUCACUGCUUGUGCCAGCGUUUUUCCUGCCUUUUUGCGUGAGUGUUGUGUCAUUGUGUAGGGUGGAAAAUUAAUUUUUCUCCCCAUAUUUCAAUAUGGUUUGAGGACUUGUGUCUGUGUGGAGAAUUUGCACUGAGAGGUUGGCUGUAAAAGAGGGAGAGAGAGAGAGAGAAAGACGUUGCAAUAAAGAGAAAAUGUAGGA